AUGGAUCAAACAUUAACAAUAAAUGAUGAAUUACAUUCAACUGACAAUGAUAAAUCUGAAAAAAGAAUUACUUCACAAGAAACAGUAUCAUUUGUAGAAGUUCGAUCAUCAAGACGAAAGCGGCUGAUAUAUUCUAUAGUUGCAAUUAUUUUGAUUGUGGUCAUCGCUGUUUCAGUUCCAACUAUCAUUGUCACAACGAAGAAGAAAAACGUGACAGAGGUAUCAACAACAACAAUAAAAGCAGCAAUAUUCAAAACAGAAAUUUUGACCACCACAAAAACAACAACAGAAUCUAUGAUAUUGACAACAGAAACUUUGGCCAAAAACGUUCAUCCUGGUUGGAAACAAGAUGGAAUUACAGUUGCUGGAGGUAGUGGACAAGUUAAUCCGUUAAGUAUGCUUUCUUAUCCUGGUGGUAUCGAUAUUGAUAGUAAACUUGCAAUUUAUGCUGCUGAACGAGGAACCCAUCGUGUCAUUAAAUGGAAAUUGGAUGCAACAAUGGGCGAAGUCGUUGCAGGUGAUAAAGGAGCCGGGGAUAGGCCAGAUCAAUUAAGCUCUCCAAGCGAUGUGGUGAUUGACAAGAAGACAAAUACUCUCGUUAUUUGUGAUACUAAUCGAUUGAUGAGAGUGUUAUAUAUUGAUAAGAAACCUCAAUCAACAAUCAUCUUAUCCUAUAGAUGUGGGCAUAUAGCAAUCGAUCACAAUGGAACUAUUUAUAUGUCAGACUUUGUUUCCACAGACUCAACUGACCCCACAGGUUCAACGUACACAAUAAAACGAUGGAAUGAAGGAGAGUUACAUCCAAUAAUAGUUGCCGGUGGGAAUGAAUAUGGAAAUGCUUUAAAUCAGCUAUAUAAUCCUUCAUAUUUGUUCGUCGAUCAGGAUUAUUCAAUUUAUAUAUCGGAUACAUGGAAUCAUCGUGUGAUGAAAUGGGCAAAAGGUGCAAAAAAAGGAGUAAUUAUUGCUGGUGGGCAAGGUCCGGGAGAUAGUCUUACACAGCUAAACAAACCUGCAGGAUUAAUCGUCGACAGUUUAAAUAAUAUUUAUGUAAUUGAUUCAAAAAAUCAUCGAAUAAUGCGUUUCUCUGAAGGCUCUCGACAAGGUACUGUUGUUGUUGGUGGAAAUGGGUAUGGACGUGGAUCAAAUCAAUUCGAUAGUCCCGCUGAUCUUGCAUUCGAUAAAAAAGGCAAUCUGUAUGUUAGCGAUACUAUGAAUCAGCGAAUACAAAAGUUUUAUCUUAAUAAUUAA